UAUACCGUCGCAUGUGAAUGUAUGUGACAAGAAGCGCGUGUGAGUUUUCCUUGAAAAACAAGCCUCCGGUUGGUUUCAAAAUGAAUGAAGAGGACGAGAGCUGCGUCGAAGUCAAGAUAUCUCUGACAACCAUUUUACAGCAUGUCGGGGAAGGCGUUCGCUGCCUAAAAGAAGGCGAAGAAGUGAUCAAUGCUGGUCACAUUAUAGAGUGCAGCGUCGUUGAAGUCACACCUUCUACCGUCCAAGUACUUGGUUUCGUAUUACAGUCGUCUGCACCCACAAAGGACCCACACAAAGUGAGCUUGGCACUGACGGAAGGAGGGAACAUACAGCUGUUGUCCUGCACCUGUCCUGCCGGGGAGUCUCACAAAUGCAAGCACUGCAUUGCGGUGCUUUUGCACAUUAAUAGGGCGCAAAGGUUGACCAAAUUGUCUUCCACAGACAAGCCACAGGCGUGGGGACGCCUAGCAAAGGCUGUAGUACAGGAAAAGUAUGCACCUAAGAACGUAGUGCAUCUCCCUUUUUGCCCAAAGUAUGAAGUCCCAAGACUGCCACGUCCAAGAAGCGGGGUGCCGGAGCGACUGGUGGCAAAGCUGCCGUAUGUAUCACAGACUGAAAUGUACUUGAGAAAAAGGAGAACAGGAGGAAAUUUUGAGGACAAGGAUUCCACUGAGCACCCAAGCAAGCAGCCUGCACCGUCGCUUCCACCCACCAUGUCCGAGCUCCUCUCUGCCACGGAACACACACAGUUCAGUUCCUUUCUAGAAAACAUCAGUAUCAUAUAUGAUGAGAAUGCCAUCAGCAGAAUUGAAAGGGUCACGCGAGAGCAGUCUUUUUGUUCUUCGUGGAAAGAAUAUCGAAGGGGAAUGGCAACAAGUUCAAAUCUGCACGCCUUCCUGACAAAAGCAAGAAAGUUGACGAAGGAGCCACGACCCCAUAACCUAGGAAGCAUUGUAAGCAAUGCACUCAGAUACACCACAUACCAGUCACCCUGCAUGAAGAAUGGCAUUGAGAAAGAAGCAGAUGCCAGGUACAUCGAAGUGCUACAGAGCCAGGGGCACAUUGUGGAAGUAUCACAAAGUGGAUUUAUGAUUUCGCAACAGUGUCCGGUAAUGGGAUGCUCCCCUGAUGGAAUUGUGAAUUUCCACUGUCGCUGCUGUGAGGGGGUUCAGAAGGUUCUGGAAAUUAAGUGCCCCCAGAAGAUAGAAAAUAGUUUUACGAACUUAAAGCCGAAGCCAUCAUAUUUUACACAGAUCCAAGUCAUAAUGGGCAUCUUUGGCAUAAAUGCAUGCGAUUUUUUUGUCUUCAAGAAUGACAAUGAAUAUAAACUGGUUACUGUGCCAUUUGACAGUACGUAUUUUGUGGAAUGUGUCAACGCUGUCCGUCUUAUCUAUGAGGGGUAUUUGUUUUGCGCUUUGAAGACUGUUCUGUGCCACAAAUAAAUUUGAUAUUUGAAUUUCU